AUCUCGCGAUACUGCCGUGCGGUGGGCUUUAAACAGGUCAGAGGUCAGUAGCGAUGGCGCCUUCCUCAAGUUGGUGUUCGGCCGUUUUCCUCCGUUUGCGGCCCUUCCUUCCCUUCCUGCUGGUCGUUUGCGUGCUUUCUGGAGGGAAAACCUUCGCACAGUCCUCCAGCGGCAAACCCAACAUAGUUUUCAUCUUGGCAGACGACUACGGCUGGAACGACAUCGGCUACCAUGGCUCGGUCAUCCGCACUCCCAACUUGGACAGACUGGCAGCUGAGGGAGUCAAACUGGAGAACUACUACAUCCAGCCCAUCUGCACCCCCUCCAGGAGUCAGCUGAUGACGGGAAGAUACCAGAUCCAUUUUGGUCUCCAACACAGCAUCAUCUGGCCCCCCCAGCCCAGUGGCCUCCCCCUUGAUGAAGUGACUCUCCCCCAGCGACUGAAGGAGUGGGGGUACUCCACUCACAUCGUGGGCAAGUGGCACCUGGGCUUCUAUAAGGAGGAGUACACACCCCUGCACAGGGGCUUCGAUACCUUCUAUGGCUUCUUGACGGGCAGUGAGAACCACUUCAGCCACAGGAACUCUGGUGGGAUGCCCGGCUUCAGACCCGGCUGGAACGGGCUGGACCUCAGGGACCAGAACAGACCAGUCACUGACCAGAACGGAACUUACUCCACUCACCUGUUUGCCAAGAAAGCCAUAGAGGUCAUCGCUCAACAAGACAAGAGCAAGCCCAUGUUCCUGUACCUUCCCUUCCAAGCCGUUCACGCCCCGCUACAAGCUCCGCAGAAGUACAUUGCCAUGUACAGGCACAUCAACGACUACAACAGGAGGAUGUACGCUGCCAUGACAACGGCCAUGGACGAGGCAGUCGGGAACAUCACCGACGCUUUGAAACAGUACGGGCUAUGGGACAACACGGUCCUGGUCUUCUCAACUGACAAUGGAGGACAGGUGAUGGCUGGAGGCAACAAUUGGCCGCUGAGGGGCUGGAAGGGCUCACUCUGGGAAGGGGGGAUUCGCGGAGUCGGCUUUGUCAACAGCCCGCUGAUCAAAGCCAAAGGCAGGACCAGCGACGCCCUGAUCCACAUCUCUGAUUGGUUCCCUACGUUGGUGGGACUUGCCGGCGGUUCCACCAAUGGGAUGAAGCCGCUGGACGGCCACAAUGUCUGGGAAGCCAUCAGUGAAGGGAAGCCCUCUCCAAGGAAAGAGAUCCUCCACAACAUCGACCCGUUGUUCCGCACCAUCCUGUACCUGCCCCCCCACCAGUGGGGCGACGACACCUUCAACACAUCCAUGCACGCGGCCAUCCGCUCAGGCGACUGGAAACUGCUCACAGGCUACCCAGGGAAUGGGUCCUGGAUGCCUCCCCCAUCUUCUGACCUGAUCUGUGAGGAGUCAGACGACCCACCGGGCCAGCACCUCUGGCUGUUCAACAUCCGCGAAGACCCCGAGGAGAGAACGGACCUAUCAAAGAAAUACCCUCUUGUUGUACAGGACUUGUUAGAGAAGCUGGCUGCGUACAAGAAGUCUUCGGUGCCGAUAUUUUAUCCGCCGCCUGACCCCAGGGCAAACCCUGCCCUGCACGGGGACCUGUGGUCACCUUGGGAGUGAAGGUCAAGUGAAGGUUAUUAGUUUUACUGAUGCAAGGUCUUUUGGAUAUUUUGAAGGAAAAAUGGUGGGUAUGGGAGGGGGGAGAGUGGAGCUGAGAAAGAUACUCAAGUAUUACACACCAAAUGCUACUGAUGCAAUUUCCUUUUUUUUUAAUUCUUAUUGGGGCUGAAAAGUAGUGCCAAGUUUUGCUGAUGUAAGUUUUAUAUUUGAAAUGAGAUGAAGGGUUUGGGAUAUGGGAAAAGCAAUGGAGCUGAAAAAGAUAAACUUUAAGAAAGUAUUAUAAGUAAACAGCUACUCAAAACCAGGCAGUAUUAUGGUAUUGAAAUAUUCAUGACAUUUGUCUUUUUACUUUCCAACUGGUACAUUGAGCUGAUGUAGCACUAGUUUACUAUUAUCCGUGGGUAACCUAUAUCUGUUGUUAUAUCAAACUCAAAUAUUUUCCAAUACUGGGGUAACCUAUGUCCAUUUUUAUAUCUAACUGUAACAGUUAUCUAUAUAUUUUCAAAGUACCACAGUUUGAAACUACCAUCUGUUAACUUGAUAUACAAUGUACUAUGUAUCUCCUAUAGCAACAACAUCUAUACCUCUUUCUUUCAAUAAGGCCACUUGUAUGUUGGGACAAACAUACCUCGUAUGAAAAUCUUUGCUGGAACAAAUCACUAAAUCAGAUAUAUUAUGUUUGUUGAUGAGAUCAUAAUAUAAACAAAGCUGUAUCAGGUUAAGAUGAUUGAUAUUACAUAUGUCAAGUGUUAUUUCCUUUUCAUGACAUACUAGAAGAGUUGCAUAUAUUACAUGUAUUACAAUUUGGGUCUAUAUAAGGCCAUAUAGCUAGCUUAUAGUUAUAUUUCAGAAUAGCAUAAAAGCAAUGUAGAUGGCUGAUUGUAUCACACUUGGAGUCAUACAGUUGCCAUAAUGAAAAUCCCUGAUUUGUGCAAGCUGGCAGUCCAACAGAAGACCAAGCUUGGGGGAGAAUUCAGGUGUUGUAACUUUUACUACAAAGUAGUAUGAACUAUCUUAAUGUUGCACUUAUAUUGUUACUUGUUAUACGUUUUUCCUAGAACAAUGUUUUUACCAAUUGGUGCAUUGGAUGGCACCCACAUCUGUUUUCAGGGCCACACAACUUCGUGCAAUCACUACAGCAGGGGACUAGUUCACUGUGUUCAUCUACCAUACUCUUUAUGCCAAGUGGAGAUUGGUAUUAAGUCUUUGGAAUGACUAGGUCGGGGAUCAAACUCACAAACUUCUGACUGCAAGGCAAACACUCUGAUCGCUUGUUCACAAGUUACUAGUAGUUUGGGAAUUCUUUUCAUUUGAAGUCAUUACCAUUCAUGAUGAUUUAUGCUUUGAAAUUCAUUCUUAUGACAACAAUGAAUACAACUAUGGCAGAAAUUAUCCUCACUGAACUGCGUGCUUGUGUGAACUGUGUGUAGCACAAUGCAUAAUGAACACUGCUCGAAGUCCACUUUGUCAUUCCAUUCCAUAAUAAAUACAAACAUAGUUAACAAUAUGUUAUAUUGCA